AUGUAUACACCCUUAGUGUAUAUUUUCAAUACUGUAUCGAGUUUUCAAUGGUCCCACUGUGGGACAACAUUAUCAGACGGCACUUUUGGUGGUGGGGACCAUUUCAGUCGAGAGAUUGCUGAGAAACAGGGUGAGGUGAUUGAAGCUGAUUCUGAUGACGACUCGGAAGAAGAUCAUGAUGCGGCCCCAGAGGUUUCCCGUGUAGAACAAAUCCGUCAUUUCCAUGCCCAAUUACAACGCGAGGAGCUACUCCAUGCGAGGCAGACAACGUUAGAUUCAUUUUUUAAGUGUGAGGAAAUCAAUUCUGUGGGGAGAAUUCAUUCAACAAUAUUAAGAGCUUGGCCUACUUUAAGACUAUAUUAUGGAAAUGUACUCUGUUCUGAUCCUGCCUCAAACUCAACUUUGUUCUCCCCUGAUUUUAUUGAUUUGGCUAAUUCUGUAAUUCUGGUUGAAGACCCUAUGCUGGACAUAGCCCUUUUCAUGGGGGGCUUGCUCCCACUUGUCUAUCACUAG